AUGGCCACGCCCAAGAUGACCAUGGCUCUCGCUAGCCUUCUCUUUUCCGGCGCGUUUGCCACCACUACGUAUUCGGAUAACCAGUCCACUGUCACUGUUGAGACUCAGCAGAUCGGCACCACCACUUCCAACGGCAUCCUCAUGUAUUCCAUGAACUACUGCACCGUCAUUGAGAGCACUCAGUGCCAGGUUUCCAUCACCACUGCUACCAACGCAGUUCUUCCUGAGUCCUCCAUCGGCUACUCUGCCUCUGUCGAUUCGACCACUCAGGCCGUGUCUGUCACUCCCAUCGGCGAGCCUAUCCCAACCACUGUCUGGUCUCACGUUGAUCCUGGUGCUCCUCAGCCUACUGUCACGGUGGUUUCGACUACUGAUACCCUUGGCAGCCCAUCGCUGGAGACCAACUCCGUCCUUGCUGCCACUGGCUCUACCGCCAUCACCAGCGGCACGACUACGGCCUCGGGCUCCAUCACGGGCAAGCAGCAGACCAACUCGACGUCGGUCAUGAGCCAUGACAGCCCUUCUGGCAGCAUGACGGCUCCUUCUGCCCCAGAUCGCACCAGCGCUGGAGUGGCUCUCAAGGCCAUCUCUGGCGUGGCCUUUGGCGGUCUCGCCAUGGUCAUGACUCUUUUCAUGUAACUGAUCACCUCUUUCUACUACGAAAGAGCCGCGGUGCUUUUAUCAGAUUCGUCAUAUACAUGGCAUUUUCGAUGGAGAUUGGCAGCUGGGACAGGUUAUAAGGUUAAACCUGGAUUUGCACAUUUGGGAAAUAUUCAGUGGCAUGAUCGUG